GGCGCUCAGCGCAUUCAACCAGCCGGAGUCCAGCAGUCAUCCCGCGGUCAGAGUAUUCUCGAUGGUCGGCUAAUUUACACCAUAAUUACCAGCCGACACUCCGGCCUGCGCUCAUUAAACCAGCAUUUCUCUAUUCAAAAAGGAACGAGACAACGGAUUUAGUAAAACGCGUGUAAUUUCGGGUCAAGUCUCCGCUGUAUCAUGUUUGGGAUUAAUUUUUGAGGGACUACGACCUGAAGAUAGCAUUUUUCGGUGUGUGGAGCUUCAAAUCUGCGGUGGGACGAAGCGAGCGGUCAUACAACAUCUCCGUUAUCGGUUCGUGCCCAAUCGAGACACAAACCGAAGAGGGAGCAUGCGCUAGUAGCAGGUUUCUGUGGUGGGACCUCAAGCUCCUCCCCUCAGCUGGAGCCCCUGUGCUAAAGGACACCAGACCCUUGCCCCCACUGACCUCAGUUCAGCAGGUGUGAAAAUGAGGAAGUUUGCGUACUGUAAGGUGGUGCUGGCCACGUCUCUAGUGUGGGUGAUGCUAGACAUGUUCAUCCUGCUCUACUUCAGCGAGUGCAACAAAUGUGAUGACAAAAAAGACAGAGGAUUGCCGGGGAGAGACACUGUGGUUCAAAGGACUCAUGACGGCCCGGGGGAGAUGGGAAAGCCAGUGGUUAUCCCUAAAGACCAUCAGGAAAAAAUGAAGGAAAUGUUUAAGAUAAACCAGUUUAACCUGAUGGCCAGCGAGAUGAUCGCACUCAACAGAUCCUUACCAGACGUCCGGCUUGAGGGGUGUAAAACAAAGGUUUAUCCGGAUGGCCUUCCCCGCACCAGCGUGGUGAUCGUGUUUCAUAAUGAAGCGUGGACCACUCUUCUUCGAACGGUCCACAGUGUCAUUGAAAGGUCACCAAGACACCUGCUGGAGGAAAUCGUGCUGGUGGAUGACGCUAGCGAGAGAGACUUCCUGAAAAGGCAGCUGGAACAGUAUGUGCGGCAGUUGGAGGUGCCCGUCAGGGUGGUACGGAUGGAGCAGCGCUCGGGUCUGAUUCGUGCUCGAUUGAGGGGUGCGUCCAUCUCAACGGGUCAGGUGAUCACCUUUCUGGAUGCCCAUUGCGAGUGCACCACCGGCUGGCUGGAGCCGCUGCUCGCUCGCAUCAAACUUGACAAGAGAACUGUUGUGUGUCCCAUCAUUGACGUGAUCAGCGAUGACACAUUCGAGUACAUGGCGGGUUCUGAUAUGACAUAUGGAGGCUUUAACUGGAAGCUGAACUUCCGCUGGUAUCCGGUACCACAGAGAGAGAUGGACCGCAGGAAAGGAGACAGAACUCUGCCUGUCAGGACUCCCACUAUGGCGGGUGGUCUCUUCUCUAUAGACCGUGAUUAUUUUCAGGAGAUUGGCACGUAUGAUGCUGGCAUGGACAUCUGGGGAGGGGAGAACUUGGAGAUUUCUUUCAGGAUCUGGCAGUGCGGAGGAACGCUUGAGAUCGUGACAUGUUCUCACGUGGGUCACGUGUUUCGUAAGGCCACUCCUUACACGUUCCCCGGUGGAACUGGGCAGAUCAUCAACAAGAACAACAGACGACUGGCAGAGGUCUGGAUGGAUGAGUUCAAGAACUUCUUCUACAUCAUCUCACCCGGUGUGACAAAGGUGGAUUAUGGGGACAUCUCGUCCAGAACAUCUCUGAGACAGAGGUUGCAGUGUAAGCCGUUCUCCUGGUACCUAGAAAACGUCUACCCAGACUCCCAGAUACCACGACACUUUUAUUCAUUGGGAGAGAUCCGUAAUGUGGAGACUAAUCAGUGCCUGGAUAACAUGGCAAGAAAAGAAAAUGAGAAAGUGGGCAUUUUCAACUGUCACGGAAUGGGCGGGAACCAGGUUUUCUCCUACACUGCCAAUAAAGAGAUCCGAACUGAUGAUCUUUGCCUGGAUGUGUCGAAACUCAAUGGCCCUGUCAUGAUGCUCAAGUGCCAUCACUUGAAAGGCAACCAGCUUUGGGAAUAUGACCCAUUGAAGCUGAGCCUGGUACAUGUGAAUAGUAAUCAAUGUUUGGAUAAAGCCUCUGAAGAUGACAGUCAGGUGCCCAGCGUCAGGGACUGCACCGGGAGCCGCUCACAGCAAUGGCUGCUCCGCAAUGUCACACUGCCUGAGAUUUUCUGAGAUCACAGACACAAGCACACAGACAGAUGGACGGACGGACGGACUCUCACAGGUGGAGAGGAGAGAGAGGACAGCUUUUCUCUCGAUCUCUGGCGGUCUGCCUUUAUUUGACCUAAACAAACAGAACUGCAUAUGUAUAUGAAUCUCCCAUCACUCCACCUUACUAUAGGGAAACGAACGAAAGAUGGAGAGAGAGACUCGUCCUAGAAAAAAAACUUGAGUUUGAUGUCCCUAUCCUCCUCGUUUGAGGAGAAGGGGCAUUUCGGUUAUGUUUACGAGAACGCCUCCCUUUUAGAGUAUCAUUGUGUGUUUUGUGUUGAGAAUGUGUGGGCCAGACUGUUUUCCAGGAGGAGUUUCGCCCCUUUUUUUAUUUAAUUAUGUUUAAAGCCUUUUAGAAAUGAAGGGUAUUUAGCACAUGAAGGAGAGGCUAAUUUGUGUGUCUGAGCGCAUGUGUGUGCAUGUAGUGUCUCACAUAUCAGGAUGGAUCUUCCUACAUUGUUUGUGGACAUUUGCCCAAGCUUGGAAGCCUACUGGCCAUUGUCAAAUGCUGACACCUGUCAAUCAAUCUUAGUCUCAGCAAGUGGACAACCUACAAUCAAUUACUAAUCUACGAUCAACGGACAGGAUGGACAAUGAUGAGAAUUAUCAAGGACAUUAUAAAUGUUUCAUAUCAAUAAUGUUUAGUUGUACUUUUCUUGGUUUUUGCAAUUUGAGUGCCACAUCAAAGCACUUUCACUUUUUUUAGGACUCUCAUCUCUCCCAAAGGUAUACAGGCAAUUUAAAGUUGACACAAUUUGAUAAAAAAAAAUGCUGCCUUGGUAUAUGGGUUGCAUUACCCAUAGUUAUACCAUGGGGCUGUUGAAUGCUUUAUUCUGAUUGGUUGAAAAAUGCUUCACGUGUUGAUUAUUUUUCUGUAAAACGCACACCUAACCUGUCAAAUGUCGUAAAAUAACCACCGGAGCAAUGUUUGUGGUAAAUGUGGUAUAAGCGGAUUAAUUAAAAUUUGGCCCGUCGUCAAUUAUUCCUUGCGUAUUUGGGUUCAUCAGGAGGAGAUGAAACAUAUUUUGUCAUAUCAUUAACCAACAAGGGCUUGGUGUCACUGUGUACAUGCACGAGAGAGAUGUUUUUCAUUUUUUAUCUAAUAUCUUUGUUUACUUUCGAAUUUUUACCGUGUAUGUGGACACAUUCCUUCUUUAAUUCAUUGUGGCAUCUGAACAUGACCGUGGCCAGUAUCUGAAAUUACAAGCUGCUUGCCAUAUUUCAACUGAUGUGUUUUGGUCUGAUAGCCUGAAGAGAUUUAUUCUGCGUUAUGUCCUACCUUUUAGAUUUAGUGAUCUGUCGGUUCACUUUGUAAAUUCAGUCACUCAGAUCUUUCGAGUCAUAUCAGUGGAAAAAAUACAAAACUCAGACUGAUGGGUAUUGGCAAAGACAUGAGGACGAUUGUUGGACGAUAAAUUGAAGUCUUGAGUUUUGUCAAACCUGAAGUUUUUCACCCUGCCCAAAUACUUGAAAUGGUCUUGCACUCCUCAUGUCCUGGUCUUUAUUCUCCAAGCUGUCUAGAGAGAAUGUGCCCCAUAUUUCACCUGAACGGGCUUAAAAAUCAAAUGAUAAAAAAUGUAAAGAUAUAGAUUCUAAUAAAAUACUCUAAACAGUAGUUUUGUAGUGUACUAAACUGUAAGGUUGUUGUAAAAGGUCAGCUUGACUGCAGAGGAGAUGAGGUGAUGAUAACAUAAAGUAUUUGGUCAGGACUGCAGUAUCAGUGUAGAGAUGUGUGAGCGUGAGUGUGUGUUUAUAUCUGUCAAAGGGAUGUCUUUUGUGUCUUGUUUUUGUUUGUUUGUUUGUUUGUUGUUUAUUUGUUCUUUUUGAUGAGAUUCUGGCCUGCUGACUAGUGGGUUAGAGAGCCCUCUGUUGAAAUGGUCCACAGGCUGGAGAAAUAAACCGCAGAAAGUUUACAGUCUAA